AUGACACCUUUCAUGAGCAUCGCCUUAUUUGUUGCCCUGUUCUUGCUCAACUCAGAUCGCAUUCAGAAAGCCAUUGAGAUAUGCAACGAAUGUUUGAUUUUGCUAAGUAGCACCGAUCAAAACAGCAGAGACCAAUUUGAUUCAGUACUGCUACAAUUUUACAGCGACAUCUAUACCGUUCUUUUCAGCGCUUAUCGUCAUAUCUCUGACGACAAAAGUGCCGAAAGAUACGGGAGGAAACUGUUUGACUUAUACAGCGUGUCUGGAAUUAUGCUUUAUAAACUUGGUGAAAACCUAAAAGCGAAGGAAUAUGUUGGGAGGGCCCUUGCCAUAACAACAGAAAUUGGCGACAGAAGCGGAGAAGCAUCCUGUUACAGAAACCUUGGACUGUUGCUCCAGUCGCUCGGGGAAUGCGACAAGGCUAAAGAGUAUCUCCAAAAAGCACUUGUCAUCAGAACUGAGAUUGGCGACAGGGAAGGGGAGGCAACUGACUACGGAAACCUAGGUACUGUGUUUGAGUCGCUUGGCCAGUACGACAAGGCUAUAGAGUAUCUCAAAAAAGCGCUUGUCAUCACAACUGAAAUUGGCAACAAGAAAAGAGAAGCAUCAUGUUAUGGAAACCUAGGUACUUUGUUUUAUUCGCUUGGCCAAUACCACAAGGCUAAAGAGUAUCUCCAAAAAGCGCUUGUCAUCAGAACUGAGAAUGGCGACAGAGAAGGGGAGGCAACUGACUACGGAAACCUAGGCACUGCGUUUAAGUCGCUUGGCCAGUACGACAAGGCUAAAGAGUAUCUCAAAAAAGCGCUUGUCAUCAAAACUGAAAUUGGCGACAAGAAAGGGGAAGCAUUAUGUUAUAGAAACCUAGGUACUGUGUUUUAUUCGGUUGGCCAAUACGACAAGGCUAAAGAGUAUCUCCAAAAAGCGCUUGUCAUCACAACUGAAAUUGGGGACAGACAAGGGGAGGCAACUGACUACGGAAAACUAGGUACUGUGUUUUAUUCGCUUGGCCAAUACGACAAGGCUAAAGAGUAUCUCCAAAAAGCGCUUGUCAUCAGAACUGAGAAUGGCGACAGAGAAGGGGAGGCAACUGACUACGGAAACCUAGGCACUGUGUUUAAGUCGCUUGGCCAGUACGACAAGGCUAAAGAGUAUCUCAAAAAAGCGCUUGUCAUCAAAACUGAAAUUGGCGACAAGAAAGGGGAAGCAUUAUGUUAUAGAAACCUAGGUACUGUGUUUUAUUCGGUUGGCCAAUACGACAAGGCUAAAGAGUAUCUCCAAAAAGCGCUUGUCAUCACAACUGAAAUUGGGGACAGACAAGGGAAGGCAACUGACUACGGAAAACUAGGUACUGUGUUUUAUUCGCUUGGCCAAUACGACAAGGCUAAAGAGUAUCUCCAAAAAGCGCUUGUCAUCACAACUGAAAUUGGUGACAGAGAAGGGGAGGCAACUGACUACGGAAACCUAAGUACUGUGUUUAAGUCGCUUGGUCAGUACGAUAAGGCUAAAGAGUAUCUCGAAAAAGCGCUUGUCAUCACAAAUGAAAUUGGCGACAAGAAAGGGGAAGCAUUAUGUUAUAGAAACCUAGGUACUGUGUUUUAUUCGCUUGGCCAGUACGACAAGGCUAAAGAGUAUUUCCAAAAAGCGCUUGUCAUCACAACUGAAAUUGGUGACAGAAACGGGGAAGCAUCAAGUUAUGGAAACCUAGGUACUGUGUUUGAGUCGCUUGGCCAAUACGACAAGGCUAAAGAGUAUCUCCAAAAAGCGCUUGUCAUCACAAAUGAAAUUGGUGACAGAGAAUUGGAAGCAUCAUGUUAUGGAAACCUAGGUACUGUGUUUUAUUCGCUUGGCCAAUACGACAAGGCUAAAGAGUAUCUCCAAAAAGCGCUUGUCAUCAGAACUGAAAUUGACGACAGAGAAGGGGAGGCAACUGACUACGGAAACCUAGGUACUGUGUUUCAUUCGCUUGGCCAAUACGACAAGGCUAAAGAGUAUCACCAAGAAGCGCUUGUCAUCACAACUGAAAUUGGGGACAGAAAAGGAGAAGGAUCAUAUUAUGGAAACCUAGGUAAUGUGUCUCGGUUGCUUGGCCAAUACGACAAGGCUAAAGAGUAUCUCCAAAAAGCGGUUGUUAUCACAACUGAAAUUGGCGACCGAAAAGGAGAGGGAACUAACUACGGAAACCUAGGUACUGUGUUUCAGUCGCUUGGUUAAUACGACAAGGCUAAAGAGUAUCACCGAAAAGCACUUGUCAUCAGAACUGAAAUUGGCGACAGAGAAGGGGAGGCAACUGGCUACGGAAACCUAGGUACUGUGUUUGUGUCGCUUGGCCAAUACGACGAGGCUAAAGAGUAUCACCAAAAAGCGCUUGUCAUCACGACUGAAAUUGGCGACAAGGAAAGGGAAGCAUCAUGUUAUGGAAACCUAGGUACUGUGUUUCUAUCGCUUGGCCAAUACGACAAGGCUAAAGAGUAUCACCAAAAAGCGCUUGUCAUCAGAACUGAAAUUGGCGACAGAGAAGGGGAGGCAACUGACUACAGAAACCUAGGUAAUGUGUUUCAUUCGCUUGGCCAAUACGACAAGGCUGAAGAGUAUCUCCAAAAAGCGCUUGUCAUCAGAACUGAGAUUGGCGACAGAGAAGGGGAGGCAACUGACUACGGAAACCUAUAUACUGUGUUUACGUCGCUUGGCCAGUACGACAAGGCUAUAGAGUAUCUCAAAAAAGCGCUUGUUAUCACAACUAAAAUUGGUGACAGACAAGGGGAAGCAUUAUGUUAUAGAAACCUAGGUACUGUGUUUUAUUCGGUUGGCCAAUACGACAAGGUUAAAGAGUAUCUCCAAAAAGCGCUUGUCAUCAGAACUGAAAUUGGUGACAGAAAAGGGGAAGCAGCGUGCUACGGAAACCUUGGUAAUUUGUUUCAUUCGCUUGGCCAAUACGACAAGGCUAAAGAGUAUCACCAAAAAGCGCUUGUUAUCAGAACUGAAAUUGGCGACAGAGAAUGGGUGGCAACUGACUACGGAAACCUAGGUACUGUGUUUCAGUCGCUUGGCCAGUACGACAAGGCUAAAGAGUAUCUCAAAAAAGCGCUUGUCAUCACAACUGAAAUUGGCGACAAGAAAAGGGAAGCAACAUUUUAUGGACACCUAGGUACUGUGUUUUAUUCGCUUGGCCAAUGCGACAAGGCUAAAGAGUAUCUUCAAAAAGCACUUGUCAUCAGAACUGAAAUUGGCGACAAGAAAGAAGAGGCAACUGACUACGGAAACCUAGGUACUAUGUUUAAGUCGCUUGGCCAAUACGACAAGGCUAAAGAGUAUCUCCAAAAAGCGCUUAUCAUCAGAACUGAAAUUGGGGACAGAAAAGAGGAAGGAUCAUGUUAUGGAAACCUAGGUAAUGUGUUUAAUUCGCUUGGCCAAUACGACAAGGCUAAAGAGUAUCACCAAGAAGCGCUUGCCAUCACAACUGAAAUUGGGGACAGAAAAGGGGAGGGAUCAUGUUAUGGAAACCUAGGUAAUGUGUCUCUGUUGCUUGGCCAAUACGACAAGGCUAAAGAGUAUCUCCAAAAAGCGCUUGUUAUCAGAACUGAAAUUGGCGACAGAGAAGGGGAGGCAACUGACUACGGAAACCUAGGUAAUGUGUUUCAGUCGCUUGGCCAAUACGACAAGGCUAAAGAGUAUCACCAAAAAGCGCUUGUCAUCACAACUGAAAUUGGUGACAGAGAAUUGGAAGCAUCAUGUUAUGGAAACCUAGGUACUGUGUUUUAUUUGCUUGGUCAAUACGACAAGGCUAAAGAGUAUCUCCAAAAAGCGCUUGUCAUCACUACUGAAAUUAGCGACAAGAAAAUGGAAGCAUCAUGUUAUGGAAACCUAGGUACUGUGUUUCUAUCGCUUGGCCAAUACGACAAGGCUAAAGAGUAUCACCAAAAAGAACUUGUCAUCACAACUGAAAUUGGCGACAGAGAAGGGGAAGCAUCAUCUUAUGGAAACCUAGGUAAUGUGUUUGUGUCGCUUGGCCAAUACGACAAAGCUAAAGAGUAUCUCCAAAAAGCACUUGUCAUCAGGACUGAAAUUGGCGACAAGAAAAGGGAAGCAUUAUGUUAUGGAAAGCUAGGUAAUGUGUUUCAUUCGCUUGGCCAAUACGACAAGGCUAAAGAGUAUCACCGAGAAGCGCUUGUCAUCACAACUGAAAUUGGCGACAGAGAAGGGGAGGCAACUGACUACGGAAACCUAGGUACUGUGUUUAAGUCGCUUGGCCAAUACGAUAAGGCUAAAGAGUAUCUCCAAAAAGCGCUUGUCAUCACAACUGAAAUUGGUGACAGAAAAGGGGAAGCAGCAUGUUAUGGAAACCUAGGUACUGUGUUUCAGUCGCUUGGCCAAUACGACAAGGCUAAAGAGUAUCUCCAAAAAGCGCUUGUCAUCAGAACUGAAAUUGGUGAUAAGGAAGGGGAAGCAGAAGAACUUACAAACCUUGGAGAAUUAUCUAGAACUGUUGGUGAUUAUGAAGCUUCGGAAGUAUUUUUGGAGAAAGCUUUAUUCAUAUCCAGAGAUAUUGGAGCUGGAAAAAGAGAGUUCGAAAUCCUUCGAGGCUACGCCAUUUCGUAUUUAUUGCAAAAUAAAAUCAAAGACUCUUUGUCGUGUCUUCAUCUGUGCAUUGAAAAGUAUGAGGAGCUGAGAUAUUUUUUGGGCGCCAAUGAUGAGUUCAAAACAUCAUUGCUGGAGCACUCAGGAAUAUUUCCUUACAAACUGCUUUGUAUUUUGCUCUGUGAUACCGGAAAUGCUCGGGAUGCUCUCUUUGUUGAGGAGUUGGGUCGAGCUAGAGGCCUAUCAGACUUAAUGGCAGAGAAGUACUCGGUUGAAACGCACAUCUUUGCCAAUCCACAAUCUUGGUUUGGCAUUGAGAACAUUUUAAGAAAGAAAAAUAACUGUACUUGUCUGUACAUUUCUUAUUUUCAGAAUCUUCUGCAUUUGUGGAUCUUGAAAACAAGUGGAGUUCUUCACCAUAGAAGAAUAUCAGUAGAAGAGAAUCUAGUUCAGGCUGGGUUGCCCAAAGAUUUGUCUUUGAGUCAAUUUUUGGAUGAUAAUUUCCGGGGUCUUGGUAUUUUGCCUACUAAAGAUUGUGAAGAUCGGUCUUUAAAUACGAUUAACGUGCAACCUCUCUCUCCCGCACAAAAGAGCUCAGCAAGAUUGCGACUCGUCGAGGAGGACGAGGACAAGGAAGUCAUUUCAAGUCUAUCUUUGUGUUACAAAAUUUUUAUCGCUCCCGUUUAUGAUUUGUUGGAGGGGCCUGAAGUCAUCAUCGUUCCUGACCGCAGUUUGUACAAAGUUCCAUUUGCUGCACUGAGUGAAAAGGAGGGAGCCAAAUACCUCUCGGAGACUCAUAAGAUCCGUGUCAUUCCUUCUUUGACAACACUCAAGAUUAUUCAAGACAGUCCAGAGGGCUAUCACAGCAACACUGGUGCCUUGAUAAUAGGCAAUCCCAAGGUUAAUUGGCUGCCGUCGUUGCCAUUUGCAAGAAAGGAAGCGGAGAUGGUUGGACGACUGAUGCGUGUUCCGCCUCUGCUAGAAGAAAAAGCAACGAAGCAAGCGGUGCUUGAGCGGAUAGGUUCAGUGAGCCUGAUACAUUUUGCUGCCCAUGGCAACGCCCAAAGAGGAGAAAUCGCCCUCUCCCCCGUUCCUAUUCCCAACAGUCAAAAUGCUAUCCUACCACGCGAAGCUUACAUGUUGACGAUGGCUGAUGUCUCACGAGUGAAAGUCAGAGCUAAACUGGUGGUACUUAGCUGCUGUCACAGUGGAAGAGGUGAGAUAACAGCCGAGGGAGUGAUAGGAAUUGCCCGUGCGUUCUUAGGAUCUGGUGCUCGCUCGGUGUUAGUUGCGCUGUGGGCCAUUCCAGACUUAGCAACGGAGCAGCUGAUGAAUCGGUUCUACAAACACCUUUUUGAAGGAGAAAGUGCCAGUGAAUCCCUUCAUCAAGCCAUGAAGUGGAUGAGAAAAAACCGCUCGAGAAAAAUCUCUGAGUGGGCUUCGUUUACGCUGAUUGGAGAUGAUGCGAGGCUCGAGUUU